AUGGCACCUCCUUCUGCGGAUGUCGACUUGGCUUCUGAACGCCUUGUGACUCCAAUAGUGUCGAAGAACUCGAGUGCAUCCCGUCUGAACGAACCGCUUAAGUAUACUGGCACUCUUGACGACUACAAACACUUUGAUGUUACAUCAGUCAUCGGCCUCGAGUUUCCAAAACUCCAGUUGACAGACAUCUUGCACGAUGAUGCCAAGAUCCGUGAUCUAGCUGUGCUCGAAGUUUCUCAAAGAGGUGUGGUUUUCUUUCGAAAUCAGAGCAUCGACAUCGAUGGUCAGAAGCUCCUGGGCCAAAAGCUAGGUGAGCUUACCGGAAAACCAAUCACGUCGGGGCUUCAUCGCCAUGCGCUCUCCAACAGCAAGCGCGGUAUUGCCGUAGAUGAAAACGGCAGGCUUGACGACGAGAUCUCGGUAAUAUCCUCUGAGCAGAACCGCAAGUUCUAUCAAGAUCGCUUUACAGCGGCCUCCAAAAAGAUCAGCAGUCACGGAUGGCAUGCCGAUAUAACAUUCGAGCACAUUCCAUCCGAUUAUGCUAUUUUGAAGAUCAUCAAGACACCUGAGGACGCGGGAGGUGACACUCUAUGGGCUUCUGGCUACGAGGCCUAUGAUCGCUUGUCACCAGCCUUCCAAAGGCUGGCGGAGAGUUUGACUGCUACGCAUUACCAGCCGGCGUUCAACGAAGUAAAGGCCAAGUUUGGAGAAGACUUGAUUGAUGAAUUCCGCGGUGCUCCUGAGAACACGGGACUUGAAUUCAAAGCAGAACAUCCCGUCAUCCGGACAAAUCCAGUGACUGGAUGGAAGAGUCUUUUCGGCGCAGGUCACCAGGUUCAUGCUGGAUGGUACAAUGGUGUCACGGAGCGCGAAAGUGAUAUCCUGAAAGAUUAUUUCAACCAAAUCAUUUUCGAAAACCACGACCUGCAGGUUCGCUUCCGCUGGAACCAGAACGAUUUGGCAAUAUGGGACAACGACUAUGCCGGCAAGCGCCAAGGAAACCGUGUGGUUUCACUCGGGGAGAAGCCAUACUUUGAUCCAUCUUCUAUAUCUCGGAGGGAAGCGUUGGGCCAGACGCAGUAA